AUGCCGAGCGCCACCGAGGCCGAGGAGAGCGAGGAGGUGCGGGCGCUGCGGGCCGAGCUGGAGGCCCUCCGCCUGACGGUCCACGGGACGGGGCCCACCGCCGACGACUACGGCUGGGCUGCACCCGACGGGCCACCGCCCCCAGGGAUCCCAUCCCCAGGCGCGAUGGGGCCCACGGCGGGGGGCGCGCCCAGCGGCUGCGCCCCCGCGCCCGCGGGUGCCGCCUCCUUUGGCGACCUAGGCGGCGUGGGCGGACGGCACAGCCGCCCCGCCGACGGUUGGGGGAGGGCCCGUGGGGCCCGCGAGCUACGCCCCGGCGGGCCCCCGUGGCGGGCCAGCGCAUUGCACGUGAAGGGGCUGCUGACGGGCUACAUGGCUGCGCAGCGGACCGACACCCAGUGGGCCGCCAGAUUCUGGGGAGCCGUCGCGCACCUCGAGGACUGCGGCCUGCUGGCUCCCGUGGUCCUGGUGACCUUGGCGGGGUACGGCUACGUCGGGCGCGGGACGAUCCAGGACAUGCGGUGGGGAGCGUCGCUCACCCCAGACAUGCAGAGGGCGGCGCGGGAGAUAUAUCGUUCAAUGCGGGCCGAGGGCAGCAGCGGAGUGCGCGACUGGCUCGCGCUGCGUUUCACAGGGAGCCGCUCCUCCUCGACCUGGACGGACUUGUGGACGUUGGCCACCACCGUCGACUUCCGCCUGCGGACCUGCGCCGACGACGACGAACUGAUGCGUGUCCUGGGCACGGACGACCUCAUGGAGCUGCCCCUGCGGCGGCUCGCAUCGUAUAUCUACGAGACGCCGAGGGGCGAUAUGAUGGGAGCGGCCCACACGCUGGGAGUACCUCCGCCAGAAGGCCAGACGGACAUCGCCCCCACCUGGCUCGCGCAGUCCGCCACCAGCCACAGCAAGCUAGAGCACCAACGUCGAGAGCGCGCAGAGGCCGAGGUCAGACACCGUCACCGAGCCAGCGGAGGCAGUCUUGGGUCUCAUGGAGACGGCCGUGGAGGCCGCGGCGGGAAGGGCGGUCGGAAGAGCCACGGCGCCGCUGGCGCCGCGACGGCGCCUGACAUCCCCGCCGCGCGCAAGCAGCAGGCGUGGGUGCCGCAUGGGCACCCAGGCAGGGACGCACUGAGAGAGACGCUGGAGGUCACGCAGGAGCGCCGAAAUUACAAUCCGACCGGCGCCCAAGCCUUGCUUGCAGUAGCGGGGCCCGCAGCGGCGACAGAGCACGGCCAGGGCUCGAGGGCAGCUCAUGUGCGUCUGGUGUCCGAGGCCGUGGACGGGCCGGCGAGCUGUCGAAAGGUCACGAUGCUGGAGGCCCUGGAACCCGAGGGGGCAGUCUUCUAUGCCCUGGAGCAGAACGUCAUGGCCGACCCCGCUCACCGGAGCCGAGUGAACUCCAAGGGGCUGGAGCAGCAGCACGGGUUCCUUGGAGGCGAGCACAGCGAGUACGUGGAGUAUCUGAACCGGCCAGACUUCGCGCAGGGGAUGCGCAAGUUCGACGCCAUCGCAGGGGCGGCGCUGGACGGGCCCAACGCCUUCUCGCACGCGGAGGUGCCGAGCUGGAUGUGGCCGCGGCAGGCGGCCCCCCCCGCGAUCGCGGCCGACGUCUGGGACCUGCUGAGCCCCGCCCUGCAGCUGGCCGUUGGCCACGGGGGCUGGGUUUACCCGCUCUGGACACGCCUCGUGAUCGGGAACGCUCAUUCGGAGGUCGGCGCCGAGGAGGCCGUGGAGAUCCCGGCGCUCUCCCGCGACCUGGGCGCCGACUCUCGGCUGGGCCUCACGAAGAAGGAGACUUUCGACCUGCCGAUGGGCCUCGUCGUGGAGGGGCUCGUGGAUGCCAUCGCGGGGGGGCCACCCUGUGCCACGUGGAGCCGCGCCCGCUUCGCGGCGAGGAGGCGAAGCCUGUGGCCCCGGAGCGCGCCCGCGCACGCGCUGACGGCCCACGAGGAGCAGCGCCUCGACGAGGGGAACGUGGCCACGCUGAAUUCCUUCGCCUUCUGCGAGGAGCGCGCGGCGGCCACUCGGGCCGUCUUCGACCAGUGCACCCUCGGCGCUCCGACCCGGAAGCCAACGUGUCUCGCUGGGAACCUCGGUCACUUGGAGGAGUUCGACGGCCGCCGCUGUCGAGGAGACCACCGCCACGAUGUGAACGUUGUGAAGCAGUUCGGAAAAUUUGUCUCGGCCCGCCUGGCCACGUAUCCAGACAGGCUCUGCCAGGCCAUCGCCCGCCCGCUGGUCCAGAACUUCAAGCUCAUGCUGACCGAGGGCUCUGGGCCUACUGGACACUUGCGAGCGGAGGUGGCUGUUCGUCGCGUCGGCGACUAUUCCUGGAGGUCCACAGGAUCCACGCCAAGAGGGCUAGCAGUCCUGAACGAGGCCUCGGCUCAAGGCCGCAACGCGAUCUUGAGGAAGCACGACCUGGGAGUCUACCUCCACAUCGACGUUGCCCUUUUCUUGUCCAACCUCGGCCCGACGGAGGACCGCCCCGCGCGCGACAUAGCCUUACAAAAGUCCGCCGACAGACUGGAGCAGAUAGGUUCCCUGGUCAAGGACCGACGCCGGCAGGGGGAGGUCAACAAGAUCAUCGGCUACGAGACCGUGGACGUGGAGGCGUUGAGGCCCGUCGUGGGCGUCUGGAUCUGGGCCGCGCUACUGGCCCGACACUGGCUGUCGGCGCCGCAGGCGCUGUUCUCCAUCAUGAACGCCGAGGGCCCCCGCGUCCGCCGCCGGUGGGCUUCGGGCCGCAGGGAGGUUGUUGCCAUGAUGAGGAGCGUGAUGGGCCUGUACUCGGACAUGGGCGCGCCCUUCUCCCCGGUCACCCUCGCGACCGACGCCGAGGGGGGCAACAACCACGACUUCGGCGGCCACGGGGCAGUGGGCGCGCUUCUAGGCCAGCAGGCCCAGGAGAGCACGUGGGAGGCUGGCUUGCGGCCUGGCAAGGCCCUCGUCCGCAAGCCCGGCACCGUCGAGAAGGUCGUGAAGCGCGGCGAGGCCAGGACGCUGAAGCCGUUCGUGCCUGUCUCGUCCGUGCCGGGGGACGUGCUGGACCCCGAAAUCACGUGGGCCGACUUGCUGGCGGGGCGCAGGAGGCAUGCCGACAACAUCGCCUUGGGCGAAGCUCGGGCGGCGAUCGCCCCGCUGGAACAAGCGCAGCAUCAUGCGAAUCCGUGGACACCUGACGAGUGGGACGACACGCUGAUCGAACUCAAACAUAGUUUGCGAGACGAGUUGGGAAAGGCGGAGUUCAUUGCGACGGCGAGCGCCGUCGAGUUCCGCUUCACCCGCCUGAAGGGCAUGCUGGCCUGCUCGCAUGCUGCCAUCCGCGGCUGGAGUAUCGUGUUUCCCGUCCGACGGACGGUGCCCAUGACGUCGCGGCCGAGCAAGUGGAUAGCAGCGCAGAUGGCCAGCAGGAGCCGCCCUCGCCUGGGAGCAGGCGUGGCGCUGCAGGCCCACAUAGGCCUGCGGCCGUCCGAGAUGCUCAGCCUGACUACCGACGACUUGACCUUCCCCGAGGACGGAGGCUACCACCAGGACGAGGGCGCGCUAGUGAUCGGGCUUGGCCUCAAGACAGGGACCACGGCCCAGCGCGCUCAAGCAGCAUCGCUUCGCUUCCCAAAAGAUGCCGUCUUCAUCCAUCUGCUCCGUCACCUGAGGAGCAUCACUCCGCCAGGUCACCGUCUCUUCCCGUACCCCUUGGAGGUCUACCGCAGGGAGCUGGCAGAGAUCCAGAGGGGCUUCGGCAUAGACGCCAGGUGGACCCCGCACAGCCCCAGAGCAGGAUAUGCUUCGGAGGCCUCAGCUUUGGGCGUACCCUUCGAGGUGAUCGGAGAGACGGUCCGAUGGAGAAUGGAUUCCAGUUUGCGCAUCUACAUUGACGUAGUCUCGGCGGCUCAAAUCAGCACGGCCCUACACCUCAAGGGCUUCGAGGCAGCACUGGCGUGGGCGACCCAGCAUUGGGCCUGGUACAUCGCGCAGUCUCUGGCCGGCCAUGGCGCCCAAGGGUCGAGCCCGCCGCGGCGGCGGGGCCAGGGCCAGGGGCAGCUCAGGCCCCCGCGCGGCUUCCCCGUCGCGGGGCCUGACAGUGGAUCAAUUGUUCCACCGGGAUCCGCAGCGGGACCGCCAAAAAGCCUGGCGGCGGCCGUCGCCGUGCUGGCGGCGCUCCCCGCCGCGGUCUUCCCCGCCACGGCCCGUGAAGCGGAGACCAUCACGAACCUCGUCGAGGGCGUGGGCGGGGCGGCGAAGCGGGUCCUGGCAUCGGGCGCGAAUGUCACGGACUCGGCGGCCCGCUUCGCGGGGGCCAGCACGGACGGCACGCUGACGCCAGGGGGGGCCGCACGGAAGGGCCACGACCUCCUGAACGUCACAGUGGCGAGGCGGGCAGGGAGACUCUUCCUGGACGCCCAGGGGGACGCCCCCGCCCUGCUGAGGAGCGGGGCGGGGUCGCAGAUUCCACAGAUGCCGCUGGAGUGGGUCGAGGAACUCAUCAAAGCCGGCCACAUCGCGAUGGCAUGGGCGACCUCGAAUAUCACCUUCCAGGCCCGCUGGGCCAAUCCGUGCUGGGAGCUCCUGGGCUAUGACUUCGGCCCGAUGACUGACGAGAUUGGCGCCACUCUCUCCCGCGCGCUGGCGGGGGCCAGCCCAGCUCCCAAUCUCGACCUGAGUGUUGACGAGAUCGAGGACGCUCCAGGCAUGCCGUCGGCGACCUGGCCAUUCUGGGCGCGCUACAUC